AUGAAUCUGCGUUCUGUCUUUACUGUAGAACAACAAAGGAUAUUACAGCGUUACUAUGAAAAUGGAAUGACAAAUCAAAGUAAAAAUUGCUUUCAGCUCAUAUUACAGUGUGCACAAGAAACUAAACUGGAUUUCAGCGUGGUUAGGACGUGGGUUGGCAACAAGCGGCGGAAGAUGAGCAGCAAGAUCGCCGUGGAAUCUGGGGGCACCCCCCCAGGGACUGCCCCUGCCACUCCCUCCAUGCCCCCGGAAGCAGCAGUGAGAAAUGUGGUAAAUAUUGCUCGAUCCCAAAGCCAGCAAUCCUCUUGGACCUCUUCUAACAACGAUGUGAUAGUGACCGGUAUCUACAGCCCUGCCAGCUCCUCGGGCCGGCCGGGAGCCGCCAAGCACAUGAACUCCUCCAUGGCAGAGCUGCACAAAGCCUCCAUCCCACGGCUCCCGGGCAAGAGCGACGCGGACUUCCAGCAGCAGCACAUCCCUCUGGGACGGCAAGUACCCCACUGUAAAAACGCUUCCCUCUUAGUGGGGGAAAAGACCAUUAUUCUGUCCAGGCAAACGAGCGUGCUCAAUUCUGCCAACUCCAUCUACAGCCACACGAAGAAAGGCUCCUCGGUGCAGACGGCGGAGCUGGUGUUACCUCAGAAACCCAUGAUUUGCCACAGGCCCUGCAAGGCCGAGCCCUUGGGGUGCCAGCGCUUGCACAAACCCGAGCACGCGGCCCUGGCCUCGCACGCACCCCCCGGGCCGAGGGUUCACGCCAGGGACCCGGCGUGCGGCACCCAGAACCUGGAGAUCCGCGAGGUGUUCUCGCUGGCCGUCACCGACCAGCCCCAGCGCCUGGUGGCGGCCGGCACCGCGCAGAAACAUCCUUCUCCGGAGGGCGGCUGCCUGUCCAUCGCCAUGGAGACGGGCGAUGUGGACGAUGAGUACGCCCGGGAGGAGGAGCUGGCCUCCAUGGGAGCUCAGAUCCAGAGCUACUCCAGAUACUGUGAGGGCGGCGGCUCCGGCCGCGGGGACAGCCAGAGCACGGCCGGGCCGGGCCGCGGUGGGGGCUGUGGGGCACAGCUGGGCGGUGCCAGGGAUGUGCCUGACAACCUCCUCUACCACGGCAGAGAGUUCCACCUGCCCGCACGGACCUCAUUGCACACAACAUCCAGCACGAUUUAUAACGCCGCCAACGCAGCCAGAAGUACCUUUUCUCCUCAUUUUACGUCCUCGAGUCAACUGAGGCUGUCGCAAAACCAAAAUAAUUACCAGAUUUCAGGAAACCUUACUGUGCCUUGGAUUACAGGUUGUUCCAGAAAAAGAGCAUUACAGGACCGUACACAAUUUAGUGACCGAGACUUAGCUACCCUAAAGAAAUACUGGGACAAUGGCAUGACCAGCCUGGGCUCAGUCUGCAGAGAGAAAAUUGAAGCUGUGGCUGCAGAAUUAAAUGUUGACUGUGAAAUAGUUCGGACUUGGAUUGGGAAUCGAAGACGGAAAUAUCGUUUAAUGGGGAUUGAGGUCCCACCCCCUAGAGGAGGUCCUGCUGAUUUCUCUGAUCAAUCUGAAUUUGUUUCUAAAUCAGCACUUAAUCCAGGAGAGGAAACUGCUACUGAAGUGGGGGAUGAUAAUGAUAGGAAUGAUGAAGUGUCAAUCUGCUUAUCUGAAGGAAGCUCACAAGAAGAGACAAAUGAAGCUCUUCAAAAUGAAGAAAUUGGCCCCAAAGAUGAUGACCAGAAUCCAGUUUCCACUGAUAAUGUGAAAAUAGAAAUUUUAGAUGAUGAAGAGAGUGAUCUGAUCAGCAAUUCUGAAGUGGAUCAGAUGAGUUCUCUUUUGGAUUACAAGAAUGAAGAAGUCAGGUUCAUCGAGAGUCAGCUGGAGAACCACAAACAGAAAUAUUUUGAACUGCAGACGUUUACCCGGAGUUUGAUACUUGCAAUUAAAUCAGAUGAUAAGGAACAGCAGCAGGCUCUGCUUUCAGACUUACCUCCUGAACUUGAAGAAAUGGAUUUCAACCACACGUCCCCGGAGCCCGACGAUACCUCAUUCAGCCUCUCAUCCCUGUCGGAGAAAAACGCCUCAGACAGUUUGUGA